AUGUUGGAGUCCGGGGACUGUUAUACCUACAUUAUGGGAACCCUCAAAAGACCACCACAGAGACUGAAUCCUUUCUCAAGGCGACAAGAAUGUGCAUUUUGUUUUGAUUUACGCCGAAAAAACAAGCCAACAUCUGUCUCCGUCGGAGGCCAUUCGUGCUCUCGGGGGGGGGCGAGUCUACACGCCGGCCACAAAAGCCGAACACUGGAAGGGGCUGCACGGACCUGCAACCCGAGGUCAUUGAUUUCCUGGACGUCCGACGUCACUUGGCGUCACGCCCCCGCGCCCCCUCCCCCUGAAAAGAGGCAAGCCCCGGCCGGGAGCCACCGGGCGUGCGGGCGUGCGCGCGGACGGGCAGAGAGCCGCCGAGCCGUUACGGAGCCGUCCGACCGCUCGCGUCACGCCGACGACCAGAGACGGAAACCUACGCCGCCGCGCCGCCUCGAGGCCCCGCCCACCCUCCCUCCGCAGUUUGCCGGAGGCCUGGAGGAGGCGGGGACAAGGAGGAGCCGGCGCAUGCGCCGUCGCGGGCCGUCCUCCCUCCGCCUCCUCAGUCAGCCCGCCCUCCCUGACCCCCGUGACCCCGCUGGCCCCGCCCACCCUGGUCGACGUGAUUCCCGCCGUGAAGUAAACCCCGCGGAGCGGAGCGGAGCCGAGUGCGGCGGAAGAGGACUCCGGGGCGAGCGCCGCGGCGGGGCCGGCUCGGGACGCAGCCGGAACACGUCGGCGGCGGCCGAGCCUCCGCCGCCCCCGCCUCCCGAGUGCGCGCCUUCCAAAGCCGCGGCGCCCGCCGGCGGGAGCGGGAGCGGCAACAAAGGCGGCUCCGAGGGCGGCGUGGCGCCGGCGGCCCCGUCGUGUGCGGCGGGCGCGGGCCCCGCGGACGCCGAGAUGGAGGAAGUGUUUGAUGAUUCAUCACCUGGAAAGCAAAAAGAAAUUCAAGAACCAGAUCCUACAUAUGAAGAAAAAAUGCAAACUGACCGAGCAAAUAGAUUUGAGUAUUUACUAAAGCAGACAGAGCUGUUUGCACAUUUCAUUCAGCCUGCUGCUCAGAAGACUCCAACCUCACCCUUGAAGAUGAAACCAGGGCGCCCACGGGUAAAAAAGGAUGAAAAACAGAAUUUGCUCUCAGUUGGCGACUACCGACACCGUAGAACAGAGCAAGAGGAGGAUGAAGAACUAUUAACAGAAAGCUCUAAAGCAACUAAUGUCUGUACUCGUUUUGAAGAUUCUCCAUCAUAUGUAAAAUGGGGUAAACUGAGAGAUUAUCAGGUCCGAGGAUUGAAUUGGCUCAUCUCUCUGUAUGAAAAUGGCAUCAAUGGUAUCCUUGCAGAUGAAAUGGGUUUGGGAAAGACACUUCAAACAAUUUCUCUCCUUGGGUACAUGAAACACUAUAGAAAUAUUCCUGGUCCUCAUAUGGUUUUGGUUCCCAAGUCUACAUUGCACAACUGGAUGAGUGAAUUCAAGAGAUGGGUGCCAACACUUAGAUCUGUUUGCUUGAUAGGAGAUAAAGAGCAACGAGCUGCAUUUGUCAGGGAUGUUUUAUUACCAGGAGAGUGGGAUGUGUGUGUCACAUCUUAUGAAAUGCUCAUUAAAGAGAAGUCUGUGUUCAAAAAGUUUAACUGGAGAUACUUAGUUAUAGAUGAAGCUCACAGGAUAAAAAAUGAAAAAUCUAAGUUGUCAGAAAUAGUGAGGGAAUUCAAGACUACAAAUCGACUGUUGCUAACUGGGACGCCUCUUCAGAACAACCUGCACGAGCUCUGGUCACUUCUAAAUUUUCUCUUACCAGACUUGUUUAAUUCAGCUGAUGACUUUGAUUCCUGGUUCGAUACAAACAAUUGCCUUGGAGAUCAAAAGCUUGUUGAGAGGCUUCAUAUGGUUUUGCGUCCAUUCCUUCUUCGUCGAAUUAAAGCUGAUGUUGAAAAGAGUUUGCCUCCAAAGAAAGAAGUAAAAAUUUAUGUAGGUCUAAGCAAAAUGCAAAGGGAAUGGUAUACUCGGAUUUUAAUGAAGGAUAUAGAUAUAUUAAACUCAGCAGGGAAGAUGGACAAAAUGAGGUUAUUGAACAUUUUGAUGCAGUUGAGGAAAUGCUGCAAUCAUCCAUAUCUCUUUGAUGGAGCUGAACCUGGUCCACCUUACACCACAGAUAUGCAUCUAGUUACCAACAGUGGCAAAAUGGUGGUGUUAGACAAGCUGCUCCCUAAAUUAAAAGAACAAGGUUCAAGAGUACUAAUCUUCAGUCAGAUGACAAGGGUAUUAGACAUUUUGGAAGAUUAUUGCAUGUGGAGAAAUUAUGAAUACUGCAGAUUGGAUGGGCAGACACCCCAUGACGAGAGACAAGACUCCAUCAAUGCAUACAAUGAACCAAAUAGCACAAAGUUUGUUUUUAUGCUAAGCACACGUGCUGGUGGUCUGGGUAUCAAUCUUGCAACUGCUGAUGUAGUAAUUUUAUAUGAUUCGGAUUGGAAUCCCCAAGUAGAUCUUCAGGCUAUGGACCGAGCACAUAGAAUUGGACAAACGAAGACGGUCCGAGUGUUUCGCUUUAUAACUGAUAACACUGUAGAAGAAAGAAUAGUAGAACGUGCCGAGAUGAAACUCAGACUGGAUUCGAUAGUCAUUCAACAAGGGAGGCUUGUAGAUCAGAACCUGAACAAAAUUGGGAAAGAUGAAAUGCUUCAAAUGAUUCGACAUGGGGCUACACAUGUGUUUGCAUCAAAAGAAAGUGAAAUCACUGAUGAAGAUAUUGAUGGUAUUUUGGAAAGGGGUGCAAAGAAGACUGCAGAGAUGAAUGAAAAGCUCUCCAAGAUGGGUGAGAGCUCGCUUAGAAAUUUUACAAUGGAUACGGAGUCUAGUGUUUAUAACUUUGAAGGAGAAGACUACAGAGAAAAACAGAAGAUCGCAUUCACAGAGUGGAUUGAACCACCUAAACGAGAAAGAAAAGCCAAUUAUGCUGUUGACGCAUAUUUCAGGGAGGCUCUUCGUGUUAGUGAACCUAAAGCACCCAAGGCACCCCGACCUCCAAAACAACCAAAUGUUCAAGAUUUCCAGUUCUUUCCUCCACGUUUAUUUGAAUUACUGGAAAAAGAAAUUCUGUAUUACAGGAAAACCAUCGGGUACAAGGUGCCUCGGAGUCCUGACCUACCUAACGCAGCACAGGCACAGAAAGAAGAACAACUUAAAAUUGAUGAAGCGGAGCCCCUUAAUGAUGAGGAGCUAGAGGAAAAAGAGAAGCUUCUGACACAGGGGUUUACUAAUUGGAAUAAGAGAGAUUUUAACCAGUUUAUCAAAGCUAAUGAGAAGUGGGGUCGUGAUGAUAUUGAAAAUAUAGCCAGAGAAGUAGAAGGAAAAACUCCAGAAGAAGUCAUUGAAUACUCAGCUGUGUUCUGGGAAAGAUGUAAUGAACUUCAGGACAUAGAGAAGAUUAUGGCUCAGAUUGAAAGGGGAGAGGCAAGAAUUCAAAGAAGAAUAAGUAUCAAGAAAGCACUAGAUACAAAGAUUGGACGGUACAAAGCACCCUUUCAUCAGCUAAGAAUAUCAUAUGGUACUAACAAAGGAAAAAACUAUACUGAAGAAGAGGAUCGUUUUCUUAUUUGUAUGCUGCACAAGCUUGGAUUUGACAAGGAAAAUGUUUAUGAUGAGUUACGCCAAUGUAUUCGAAACUCCCCUCAGUUCAGAUUUGAUUGGUUUCUCAAGUCCAGAACUGCAAUGGAGCUCCAGAGGAGAUGUAAUACUUUAAUUACUUUGAUUGAAAGAGAAAAUAUGGAACUAGAAGAAAAGGAGAAGGCAGAGAAAAAGAGAAGAGGACCAAAGCCUUCAACACAGAAGCGUAAAAUGGAUGGCGUCCCUGAUGGUCGAGGAAGAAAAAAGAAGCUGAAACUAUGAACGCUUAUUUGUCUUCUAUCACUAAACUAGUAGUUCUUUAAUUUACGGGUCUUCAUAAGAUGUGCUGCACAGUGCUCAACUGUUACAUCAUUCAAAGACAUCAGCUCCAUCUGCUUACUGAGCUAGAAACAUAGUAGUCUCACUUUUUUAAAUGCGACAGCUGUGCUAAAAAUUUUUUAUCAUUAACAUUUGAAGUAAUAAAACAGGCUUCAUUUAUUAAUAAAU